AAAGAAGAAUACUUGAUUCAGAUUCUUUUUUUCAUGUUUCUUGUGGUUUUCUGUCGAUACAGACUACUGUUCUUGAGACUGACUAAUAACAGUUUUCUUUUCGAUUUCUAAACUUUUCUGACUUAAGUUUCUGCAUCAUCUUCCUCUUUUUUGUCUUUAAUCUGUUUUCCAAUGGAAAAAUGAAUCUCUUUAAAUGUAUGUUGUUAUGUAUUUGAGAAAGCACUAAUCUCUGUUCAGUGUGCUUUAUUUGCACAUGCAAGGGUGAAUUUGUAAGUUAAAGAUUUAUUUUUGUGAUCCUUGUUUUCUCUUGCACGACCUUAAAUUACUGUUAUUUCGACCAAAUGGACGUUCAUCCUAAAGCCUUUGAUAGAUUUAAUUUCUUCUUUUCAUGUCUUUCUUAAUUUUGUAAAUGUGGAGAGCAACUUUGUGAUUAAUUUUGUAAUAUAGAAAACAUAUAAAGAUGCGAAAAUAGUCCGUGUUUGUGCAUGCCAAUACAAUGAAUACAAUUGGGUACAGACUCAUGUAGAGAUGGAAAUGUCAGCAUGAAUCAUAUCUUUCACAUAUUAGUAUGACUUAUCAGCAUUGCUCAUGAUCCUUGUACCGCACUUUCUAUUCUGAGUCUCUCUAACACAUUAUAUCUCUUUCAAAUGUAUAGAAAUCUGGUAAAUUUCACCAAAGAAUGCCGACUUGUGAUGCUUUCCACAUUCUGGAAAGUAUAGGACAGAGGGGAAACACCCACUUUUCUGAAAAACCAUCAGAUGGAAUUCUCAGUGAGGAAGAGUUGAAUGCUGCUGAAGCUUUAUAUGAACUGGCUAAUGGGGUAACUACCACAAUGCCAGAAGCUAAGCUGGGGAAGAGGAAAUCUUUGGGAGAUGGCUCUACACGUGGAUCACGGAGAAAAGUUAAGUGUUUUAGCCCAGUCAAUGGUGAUGCUAAUUAUCAUAACAGCUCUUGCGUUCAAGAUUUGUGCAAUAAUGCCAUUACAGAGAGGUUAAGUAGACAGAACUAUUUGCGUACUGCACCAGAGAAACUCAGCACUGGAACUUCUUCCAGGUGCCGAUGCUCUCUAGUCAGAUCACAUCUCCGACCUACUUUCAAUUCAGAAACAAUAAAAAUCCCAUCAGGAAAUGGUUUUCAGCUCUCCCCUGUUGUUAGUCCAACGCACCCUGCUGAGUUUUCAUUCUCCGUUAUACAUCUCAUUUCUGCUGUUCAAGCUGCAUUAACCACUCCACUCCCAGUAGAGCAUGCACUUAGGUUUGGACAACCUCUUGACUGUAGCAACCAAAUGAUCAACGAUAAAAGCCCUGUUGGUAUCGUCUAUUACAAAGAAAUUAGGGAAGAGAACCUGCCUUUUCUUGACAUUAAUCAAAUUGUGCAGCGUGUGAGAUCCAAGCCUGGAGAUCCUCGUAUUCUGCUGUGUCAGGAGCCACUUAUAGAAUUAGUAAAAGGAGUCCUGAAGAUAUUUUCAUGGGAACCGCUGGCAGUAUAUGACAGAUUGAGGAAAAAAUGGCAAUGGAUAGGUCCAGCACCUUGCAGUUGGAAACAUGAAAACCAUAACAUGGGUUGGGGUCUUCUGCAAGAAAACCUAUUGAAGUUGGUAAACCAGUUUUCCAUCUGGCUGAGAAGAAUGCAGCCGAUACUAAAGCUCGUUGCAGGCCUUCCUGAACCUCCUCGGGAGUUGAUGCGAGAGAAAGACUUCCAUACAAGAUUCAACAACAGAAAAAGGUUAAACGAAAGUACAAUCGGCCAAAGUUGCAAAGAAAUAAGAGCGUAUUUCCAUAGGGAAGAAGCUAUAAGGUACAUGAUUCCUGACAGCGGUUUUCUGUAUACCUCCUUGGAUGGUAAAAAAUCUGCAGUGGCACCACUGAGAAAGAAUCACAGCAAUAAAGCAUUUGCAAAAUCUCGUGGUCAUUACAUAUUUAAGGCCAACCGGCCACCUCAGUUUUCUUUGCUUAGUCUUGUGAGGGAUGCAGCAACAAGAUUGCCUGGAGGUAUGGGAACAAGAGCUGAUAUCUGUGAUUUAAUAAGAGACUCACAGUAUGUUAUUGAAAAUAUAUCAGAGAAAACAGUGAAGCAAAUUGUGAGUGGAGCUCUGGAUAGGUUACACUGUGAAGUUGAUCCUUCUGUAGCGUAUAUUGGAAAAUGGGGUUUGUGGCUUUACUUGCACCAAGAUAGAGAAGAUGAAGAUUUUGUCGAAUAUGAUACUUCUAUGAAAACCAAGGGGUCUACAUCUGAUGCAAAUUGAGCAUUUGUCCAGAAUUUCCAGUAGAGAUGACUUAAUCGGACGUUAGUGUAGCACAGAAACUGCAAUAUGUUUCUGAAACAGCAGAAUUUUGACUUGAGAAUUGGCAUAUCAUGUGCAUGAAAAGCUGCCAACUUCCAAAUGAUGGCUUUUGAAAUUGGAAAUUUGUGUAUUAAGUGCUAGGUUUUUUGUUAGUGCAGGAUGAUUUGACAAACCAUGAUUGAGGAAUUAUUAUCACUUUAUCCCCGCAUUCAUUU